UGCUGGAAACAAAAUGAUGAGUAUAAGGAAGUAUGAGCCCAGCCCUCAAAUGCUGCGAGCCUUGGAGCUGGAAUUUUCUGACGAAAUUCUUGCGGAAAUCGAUGCAACUUUUGGCUCAUAUUUGACGACGCGUAAAUUAAACUAUGAUAAUGCAAGUUCGGUGCUUAAGAUGUUAGUGACCAUUGAGGAUAUAAGCACAACGCUGUUAUAUGCGAAGAUUAUGCAGUCGGAUGUGCCAGUUCGAUUCACUAAGACGGACAGAUUAUCCAUCAAGCUAAAAGCGAAAGCAAUAAUGUUUGUACCCUUAGUGGACGAAGUUGUGCUGCUGCCCGUAGGCGAUCUGUUGCCUUUUCCAUCUCCAGCGGAACGUAUUCUGAAAAUCAUUAAUGAAAAUCGCAGUCUUUUUGAAAUUACGAAUAUCACCAAAGAAUGCAUUAUGUUUGCUCCAAAAUGGUUCUCAAAGGUUUCGCCAAAAGAGAUUGGGAACAAAAAUUUUGAUGUGAUUUUUCGAUCGCCGCGAAUUCCGGCUCGUGUAAUGUACUUAUCACUGAAUCGACUUACUACCGACCCACAUUUACGUCGCUACCUAUUUCCACUCGAAAAUACACCGAAAAUAAGGAACAAUUUGCUCAAAUUGUCAUUGAUUAACUGUGACAUUGAAUCGAAUCCAGAACAAUUGGAAGCUGUUCAGCAGAUUGUAUCUGGGCCCAACCCGAACGUGCCUUACAUUCUUUUUGGACCCCCAGGCACCGGAAAAACCACGACGAUUGUGGAGGCUAUUCUUCAAUUGAUACUUAUGAAGAAGGCUCGUAUCCUAGUAUCCAUAGGCUCGAAUGCGGCUUGUGACAUGAUCACCCUGAAGUUAAUCCACUAUAUAGAAAACGAUCCACGAUUUAAAUCAUUUUUGAAAUCCGACAAUCCGGUACUAUUGCGCUUGAUAUCAGCCACACAAUUUAGAAAGCACGCAAUAUCUAUUCAUCGCGAUGUGAUGAGGUAUUCCAACUAUGAAUACAAUAAGCAGAACAAGAGAUAUACGCGCCAUGGAUUGACAAAAGAUGAUUUAGAAAAGUAUGGAAUUAUUGUGGCGACACUGUGCUACGCUGGCCUGCGAGCUGUACGGAGUCUUUCUAAAUUUACCCACAUUUUCAUUGAUGAGGCCGCAUCCGUUUCAGAACCAGAGGUAUUGCUGGCGAUUGCGGGUAUUAAAGAUAAAGAAUGCCAUGUUAUUCUCUCUGGGGAUCACAAGCAAUUGGGUCCGAUUGUGAAAAGCAAACGCGCCAAAGUCCUUGGAAUGGAUCGCUCAGCUAUGGAACGCCUGAUUCUCCAUAAAAUGUACGAAGUAAACAAUAAUGGCAAAUACGAUCGAACGGUACAGUGUCGAUUGCGACGUAGUUACAGAGCGCACCCGGAGAUCGUCGAGCUUUACAAUAAGCUCUUUUAUGACGGCAAUCUUAUUCCAGUAUCACCGAAAACACAGGUCGAUUGGAGCAUGCUGGCAGAUAGAAAGUUUCCAAUUUUAUUUCAGGAAAUACGUGGUGAAACGGAAAUCGAAGCCAAUUCCACUAGCAGCUUCAAUAUGCUGGAGGCGCAGAUGGUCUUCUGGUAUGUGAUGCUGCUCCUGAGAGAUGGAAUUGGAGGCGUUAAAGUGGAGCAAGAGCAUAUUGGCAUCAUCACACCAUAUCUAGCUCAAUUCCAGCUGCUAAAGCGUAUGCUUCGUGCAACCAAACAGGAGAAAGUUGAAGUUGGCACCAUGGAAAGAUAUCAGGGACGUGAAAAACGGAUUAUGAUUGCCUCGUUGGUUAGUUCAUAUUCUGGGUCCAGUUUCCUAUCCAAUCCAGGCCGGAUCAACGUGAUGCUCUCCCGUGCGAAAUCAUUGCUUAUAUUAAUUGGCAAUCCGAUCACUCUACGCAAAAAUGACAAUUUCAAGUACAUCAUCGAUCAAUGCAUUGCGCACGGCAACCUACAGCAGAAGAUAAACAAGACUAAUGACGACAGCAUUGUCCAGCUAAUGAAGAACUUAAAACUGCAAGAUAUUCAAGAUGAAUACGAAGAAAGAGAAGAAAUCUGCGUUUAAUAUGCGUUUCAGAAGCUGAGAACUUUAUUUCUUUAAUAAUCCAGCAAUGAUUUAAGAAACUGUCAAAUUUUAUAGCCAUUCAAACAUUAAAUUU